GGAGACAUUUUUUUAUAAAUGCCUCAAUUUUAAUUUAUUGGGACAUUUGAUUGAUUUAUUUUAUUUUUAAGACCUAUAGGGGCGUUUAUAAUUUAGAGGCAUAUUUUGAUAAAUGCCUCAAGCAUAAAUUAUAAGGGCACUUAAAAUUUUCACUUAUUUUUACAACCUAAAGGGACACUAAUCCACGAAGCGCGAAAAUUUUAGAUUGGCGGUUUUCUUAUUUUCGUGGGCCCAAUUAAUAAUUCCCCAAAUUAACGCCACUUCAAUUAUACGAGAAAACCUAAUAGACUUCUUUCUUCAAAAAACGCCAGGGAGAGAAGAGCUGCAUCAUCGCAAUUUUUUUUCUGCAACAACGAGAAGGAGAAGAGGGGCGCGUUCGAAGGAAUCCAGCUUGUCAAUUCCUGUUUCUCUACGUCCAGCUUGGUACGAGUACGAAUCAACCCAAAGCAGCAACAUCGCAACCUGAGCAACUUCGUAAUCACAAAAUUGACUCAAUGAUAUCUCUAUAUUUUUACCUUUUAUUUUUUACUAUCAUAUUGUUUUUGCAUUAAUUUCUUUAGUUUAAAUUUCAGGCCAACUUGGGAACAGUUCAAGUCAAUCUAAAUCAGCAACUUCUGCAAAUGCAUUUGAUUCUACUGAGAAUGUGGCCGAUAUUGUUGAGAAUACAGCUAAUAACGGUCAGAAAGUUUAUGCAUAACAAUCUACUGUGUAGUUUUUCUGUGUUUUGUACUUAUAAUUGAUACAUUUUUUAAAAUUAAUGUAGUUGGAAAUAAAAAAAAAAGGGUGAGAGGAGCUACUUGUAUGCCUAAAGUUUGGGGACAACAAUCAGACGAACUUGUGCAUGUUUCAUUCAACGAACUCGGACAACCAAAGGAUCAAGAUAAGACGAGCACGUUGUCUCAUUUUUUGGGUACAAUUGCUAGGAAUGGAAGAUAUUGUCCUCUUAACUAUGAAGAUUGGAGAUUGAUGCCGUAUUCUUAUAAAGAAGAAAUGCUUAGCAUUGUGAAGGUAAUGAAUUAAUUUUUCAAAUACUCAUAAUUUUGUUGAAGGUAACGAAUUAGUUUUUAAAUUAACGAUAAUGUAUGUUUUCUUGGUGUUCAUAUUUUAUAUGUGUAGGCAAGAUUUGAAUUACCACCAGGACAUGAAACUUACAUUUUAAGGUCCAUAAACAAGAAGUGGAGAAAUUGGAAGUGUUUUAUAAAGAGUUUAAAUUUUGAUCCAAAAAUCCCUAUUGAUCAGCAAAUGGGUGAUAUACCAGAUCGAGUCAAUGAAGAUCAAUAUAAGUCUCUAGUUCAACACUGGAUGUCUGAAAAGUCGAAGAAACGAUGUGACAAGAAUAAAGAUAGCCGUGAUCAACUAAUUAUGCAUCAUUGCAUGGGGAAGAAAAGUUUUGCUGUGGUGAAAGAAAAACUGAGAGAACGAUUCGGAAGGUAUCCCACACGAGCUGAAUUAUUUGAAGAAUGUUAUUAUAAGCCAGAGAGUUCAUCUACAAGUCGGGCAGUCAAAGAUGCAGUUGGGAAAAUGAAAGAACUAGCUCCUUUGUAUUCUCAAGACUUAGACAACAGCCUAGAUAGCAACCAGGAUCUUCAAUAUAGCCAUGAUGAUUUAUUUGCAAAAGUAAUGGGUAAAGAUAAGGAUGGACAUGUGCGCAUGUAUGGGUUAGGAGUGACACCAACUGAUAUUUAUGGGGGGAAACCUAGUCGUGCUACACUUCUUAGACAGGCCAUGGAGUACAAAACGAAGUAUUUGGAAGCAAUGAAAAAAUAUGACACGUUAUCAGCAAAUGUUCAUAUAACUCAAUUGGGUGGACAACUUGAAGAUGAAAGCUUUCCAAAUGAGCAAACCGAUCCUCAAAAUACUUCAAUGACAACUCCGACUGAACAAGAUGAUUCUGUUUAUGUUCCAACUGCAUUUUAAGUGAGCAAGUUGGUGCUCAAAGUGCCUCCUUAUCAGUUCCACACGAGCAACAUUCAGUUGGAACAAGUUCACUUUCAAAGUGUAUCAAGGGUGGUUCAUAUGUUAUUUUGAAAAGUCUUGCAAAUGUAAAUGAAAUAGUUGCAACUGGUAUCGUGGACAAGAUGGACCAUAUUAGAGUGAAUGGUAUAGAUUUGGGGUCUGACUUUUGUCAAGUUGUCAUUCAAUAUCCGGUGAAGAAAGAUGCGAGAUUGGUUUUCGUUCAUAAUCAUAUUGAACUAAUUGGAGAUGCUGUUGGAGUACCAGUUGCUUGGCCCUUAUCAUUGGUAUGUUCAUUUUUGUUCCCACGUACAUUCUGUAACUUGUUAUCUUCUUUUGUUUAAUGUCUAAUUUUAAUUCAACUGAAAUCGUAUGGAAACAAACAAAAUCAUAAGUCAGGUUGACUAGCUGAACUCUAUCCAUUCAACUCAACCAUGACAUGCUAAUAUUUUUAUGUUGGUUGCUGGUUUUAUUUUAAUUUUUGUAUGGCUGAACUGGGCUGAAGAAACAAAGAAAAAACAUCUUUGUGUUAGAAUUUAGGUUGUUCUUGUCGGUUGAUGUAUAUUUGUUUAUAUGCAGGUUGCUUUGGAUGAUGAAUUUCAUUGUUGAUGCAAGCAAGAGUACGAUGAAGUUGAAUCAUAAUAUAUUUAUGAGUCCGUAAUUUGUUCCGAGUACUCAAUUAAUUUUAUUAGAGAUCUGGUCUCACACUACUUUUACUAGAGAACUUACGGUUUCUUCAAAUACUGAGUUUUAUGCUCUAAGAAUCAUUUUUCGAUCUUGUACAUUGAUUGUUUUCUCGAGAAUUAGUAUUAGUAAUAUUUAUGCAUUUAUUUAUCGAAUGUCAUUGAAACUUUGUGAUAUUUAAAUUUUUUUUGUUGUAUGUA